UUUAGACAAAGGGGUGAGAGCUAACAAGCUAUGCUUCUUCUCACUCCUUUUCGCAUAUGUCAUUUAUUUUACUUUUUAUCGUAUUAUUUUGCUUCCUCAAAAUCUUCAUUUCCAUAUGAUGUUGUGCAAAUAAUUUGUUAAACUGCAAUCAGGAAGCCAUGUUCUAUUUGCAUAUUCGAAAUAAAAAAUAAAAAAAAGAAAUGUCUGCUUAAGUUAGCGUGCUAACCAGCUAGCUCCUGCACGAAAGCGAUUAGAUUUUCUGACACAGACAACACAAAAGCUGAAAAAAAAGAAGGUAAUGCUUUACAACUGUAUGUAAAUGAAUAUACAGUGCAAACUAAAUGAUUGCCUUUGUAUUAAGACCUUUUACUCUGAUGCAAUAAAUCAUGUCAGCUGCAGCCAGGUGGUCCAGAUGAUCACUUCAGUUGUGUGGAGAUUGCUGGUGUAUAAUCAAGGUGUGAAUUUUCAUCAUGAAAACCUUGUGAACAUUCAUCUGUUUCAGUUGAAAAAAGUCAAAACACAACAAAUCCAGGAAGAGUGUAUUGAAUUGGAAAGGCUAUAAAAACACCUUCACGCCACGGACUGUAGAGUAAAAAAGCUUGACUAUAUAGCCCAGUUAUUGAGUCUCGUGAACAUGAAGUCAGACUAGAUAUAAUGGACAGUGCGACUACUAGAUCAGACAGUCUUUUCUCUUUAAAUUUCACACAAACACACACCAUGAAACAGAAAGCAGGUAGAAUGCUCAAUUCUGUGUGAGUCCCUUUUCAAAUAGACCUAACUUAAUAAUGCCUCACAAAGAACGCCGUAACAGUUGCACCUAAGUAGUUAAAACCUCAGUGACCAAAGAUGGAAGAACACCACCCACACCAAUUCCUAUGAUGUAGAAUUAGCAUUUCUUGGCUGUGAUUGUGCAUGGUUAUGCAUUAACAGCUCGAUGCUUUGACACGCUCCUUCCGAGAAUCCGUGCGCUCAGGCUGGGACGCGCGCUGGAGUGGCCGACACAGGGAUUAACAGGAGCUGGGUGGGGGGGGGGAUAUAUACAGGCAGCGUUACAAGGAUCAUGAUACCUGUAGAGCACUUAGGAGCGGAGCCUUGCUUACAAAUGACUGCUGCGCUGUGUCUGCUUGGGUCCCUGCUCCCCUGCGCUGUUUCUCAGAACAAAAAGGACUUGUGAAAGGCAGCGGAGCUCCAGCUCGACAAAGGACCCGCGGAAGCCGCACGAUUCCACCUCUCUGAGGGGAGGAAUCAUUCAGAGAACGGGUUCGUGUUCUCCUCAUCUUCGGUAGUUUCUCACACAGCUCUCUCGUACGUCUAGUCGAGCUCAUCUCGCUGUGUGUGCCCUCCUCCAGUGGCUGUCAUCAGUGUGACAUGCUGCUUCGAAACCCACUGUCAGUCAUCGGAUGGCUCAUUCUGGCUCGUAGCUGUGGAUGAGGCAGGGAUGGAGAGAUGAGCGAAACUGUGUGGGUGAUUUUGAUCACUUUUCUGGUGGCGGUGGAAGCAAUCCCAGGGCAACUGGAUGUAUUCCUGCCAAAAGGAGAUGGAGAUAUUUACCCAUGGAGAACUGUCGGGUUAACCUUGGCGGGAAGAGAGUUGGAUGGCUUCUCAGCACUGUGUGGCUCCUUUUUGUUCGCCAGUGCCCCGGAAGUGAGAGCCUUGGCUGCAAAGGUCUGUAACAUUUAGUGGAACCUUCAGGGGCCGGCUCACUCAUCGCUGACAACCAGCACCAUGGCUGACUCUCACCCGUCUGGCCCCGUAGGAAGCUACAACAGCAGCUCUGCCACCGCCAGUGCUUGGAACAUCACUGGCAGCGGCCCCUGGUUGUUGGCCUUCAUGCUGACUGUCAUCAUCCUCAUGACAGUCUGCGGCAACAUGUUGCUCAUCGCUUUGGUGUUCGCCCAUCGCUCUCUGCGCUGCACCUCAAACUGCUUCCUGGUGUCUCUGUUCCUGUCCGACCUCAUGGUGGCCCUGGUGGUCAUGCCCCCGGCCAUGCUCAACGUGCUGUGUGGGGCCUGGGUGCUGUGGCCCGCCUUUUGCCCCAUUUGGCUCUGCUUCGAUGUCAUGUGCUGCAGCGCGUCCAUCCUCAACCUGUGCGUGAUCAGUUUGGAUCGGUACCUCUUCAUCAUCUCGCCGCUGCGCUACAAGCAGAGGAUGACGCCGCCGCGGGCGUUGCUCCUGGUCGGGGCCGCUUGGGGGCUGGCGGCGCUGACUUCCUUCCUGCCCAUUCAGAUGAAAUGGCACAGCUUAGGCCACUGGAGUGGACACUCGCCAGGUCCCGGGGUCAGCGGCAGCAACGUCAGCUCGUACUCCGACACACCGUACCCGGCGUCCUACUUUCAGCUGUCGCCGUCAGGAGGCCUUUCCUUUCACUGCCGCCUGCGGGUCACCCUGCCCUUUGCCCUGGUGGCAUCUGUACUCACAUUCUUUUUGCCCUCCAGCGCAAUUUGCUUCACCUACUGUCGGAUCCUUCUCGCAGCACGGAGGCAGGCAAAGAGGGUCGCGGCGCUGAGCCACCCGCCACACCCACAUCCCUCCCUCGGGGAACCCUCCAGGCCUCCCUCACCUGGGGUCGCAGCGGGGCAACCUCAGCAGGACGGGGACGACUGCAGUCACCAGGAGCCUCUUGUGUCACAAAAUGUACCGCCGUCGGUGAACAGUGAGCGUCGCCUGGCUCACAGGCAGGGUCGGAGGGCGCUGAAGGCCAGUCUGACGCUAGGAGUCCUCCUGGGACUCUUCUUCAGCGCAUGGUUACCCUUUUUUAUCGCCAACAUGGCUCAGGCAGUGUGUGAGUGCGUCCCCCUUGCCCUCUUUGACGCCAUCACCUGGCUGGGCUACUGCAACAGCACAAUAAACCCCAUCAUCUACCCGCUGUUCAUGAGAGACUUCAAGCGAGCUCUGGGGAGGCUCCUGCCCUGCUGCUCCUCGCGGUCAACCAGAAGACCCUCACCUGCGCUCUCCCUCUCUCUCCGCAACUCAGGGGAGCCGAACCUCGCCAGCAGCCCCCCCUCUCCCCUGGCCUCUGACCCCACCCACCCCCCAGCCACCGCCACCGAUGCCGUCAACCUGCUGGACGCCGAGCACGCUGGCGUCGAGCUGCCUCUGCUUCUGCCCAAUCAGGUCGACAGCCUGGACUGAAUAUGGAAAUAAAGUUAGCAAGUAUUCUGACAGGGUUUAUGGUGGAAAAGUGUAUCAAGAAAAGUACAGAGACUCAUCAUAAUUCACGAUUUACUCACAAUGAGGUAAGAGAUGCGGGCUCAAGAGAUUUCCUUAUGGUUAAAAAAAAAUGUCUAUGGACACAUUCAGUAAGCUCCACCCUUGUUCUAGCUUGAAUUACGCGUUUCUUUCCAUUUAAGAAACUUGGUUGAAGAACCCCAUGUGGGGCAUAACCAAAACAAAAUGUUCAGGGUCGAGACUUGCAGUUAGGGGUGCCAGUAAACACUGUAACUUAACUUUUUGUAAACUCCACAGAAGGCAGCCCUUCAGAAAAGCAAGGCCUUGAGGAAGAUGCAUUCACUGAAUUGGCCGUGUGGAAAUCAAACUACUGUGUUAAAAUCCACGGCAACCGAGCCAGCAGCAUCCUCUACAGCCUACAAUACACAGUAUUUACAGGUAUCUGAUUUCACAGCUGUCAAUAAAUUAUAACAAUAUUUACAGUUUGUAAAAAUAAAAUAAAAUAAAAAAAAAACCUUCCAUUAAAAAAUUCUGAGUUGUUAAUAAAUUAAUACAAUAUCAUGGUAAAACAAAGCAGUAAAACAAUUUGGGGCUCUUCACUGGAGACUGCUGUCUCUGGCAUGUCAGUGUGUUGAGAGUGGAAUGAAUAUUUUCUCCAACAAAGCUCUGAUGCUGGGGAAAAAAAAAAAAAAAAA